UAGUAGUUUAGACAUUGGUGGUACAAAGGUAAACAAGGUUUAGGGUUUAGGUACUACAUUUACUUACUUCGUAUGAGCGAACGUAGGUAGCCAUGAGUCAAAAUCUGCUAUGAGUCAUCGACACCUAGAUCUCUAUGUUGUGCAGGUGAACAUGAAACGGAAGUCUCCAGGGGCGGAGAUGAAGCCUCCUUACACAGGCACUAUGCUGCGUGUCCCAAGAAUCCCGAUCACGGUGGCUUCAUACCAAUACGUUCAUUUAGCAUGCAACAUUUGCCUCAAGAUCAACAAGAUCCUGAUGUGUACAAUCUCGUCCAAUCUGUGGCUGACCUGACCGUUAGGAUCGACGUUAAAAUGAUAAGCCAAAACCGACCACAGUAUUGGCCAGGUACCACUGUUCCCUAUCCGUUUUACAACAUGUCUAAUUGUCAAAUUAUGAGAACAGGAACCGGAAGUGUCCGCGCGAUAAAGUACAUCGAAGGUCAAGGUCUUGAUGCCUUAAACAGAAGUAAAAAUUUAUGCUUACAAGAUUAUCGCACGCUUUACAAAACAUGUCCAUGUCUUAAAUGCAAACCUUCUGGUGAGAAGAACAAUACAUGGUGGGAGAUUGAAGUGACCACAGCCACGCAUGUGGUUUUCGAUGAAAACGAGGCUAGCCACACGAUCUGUAGAUUAUUUUUCGACGAACAAAACAGCCCAAGUGUUAUUCUUGCAAACCUACGCAUUCUUACAAACAACAUCAGUAACAUAGAGCGAGACAGCUGUAGUUUGAUUUACAACACGUGCGAUGCUACCAUGGGCGAUAAACUAUUCAGGAUGUCGGAAAAUUAUUAUCGUCUGCUGAAGAAGAUCGAAGACAAAAACGAGGAGAAAUCUCAUUUUACUUUCAUCGUAUCCCAUCCACACGGUUGCCCCAAACAGGUCAGUCUCGGUGACUGGACUGAUCAUUAUAAAGGUGAAGAGUGUGGAGAUUAUGUCAAGAGCAAGUUGACCUACACAACAUGUACGUGUCCAGGAAGCAGUGGCGCCAAAGUGUACAGUGCCAGAUUUUACUGUCUGGUACACAGUGGGACUUUGUCUACUGGGCUUAAUUACAGCAGCACUGGACUAUAUCCUAAAGCAGACAAGUGAAACAUUGUUGUUUUUUUUUUUUAAAGAAGAGCAUAUUGAUGUAACUUUUGUAUACACUUGCAAUAGCGACUGGUUGCAGAUAAUGAUUUGGAAGAAUAUAGAUCUAUAAUUACUUAUUGAUUUUGGUUUUGAAAAUGCAUUGUAUAUAUCUGUCCCAAGCUUUAUGGGAUAUCAAUUUUAGCAUUUAUGAUUCAUUUGUGGUGCCCUAUUCAUUUGAUUCGUUUUUAUUUUGACUGUUUCAAUGUGUUGCUAAAUAACUUAUAGAACUGCACAGCAUUGCACAUUACUUUUGUAUUUAUAUUUGUACUAGCCAUAUAUUUGUACCCGCGGCCCGCGGGUCUUAAUUUGCGUAUCACUGUCGAUGUAGUCACCGAGAGUGUUUUGUAAACAAUUAAACGAAAUAAUAAUGUUAUAAGUAAAACGAAUUCGGAAUGCGUGAAUGUAAAAAAUAGUUUGAAUGGAGCUAUAAAAAUAGCUAAUCGACCUAAAUCCAUUUUUUCAAAUAAAAACAUUUGCUUGUAGGCCUAUAUAUAUUUGAUUAAAGUAUGAAAUGAAUAGACUUUAUUUUGCACCAGUAUAGUUCCUUUGACUUCUGUCUCUAUCGCACUUUAUCUACGUGUAAACAAUUCACUGUAUGUCAUGUUUCUUUACUAAUAAACGCGAAUUAACUCUUUCUCUCCUAAUCGACGAUACCAUCGUUGAUUUUUACCUCAUUAAAUUAAAUUAAUGUUUACUUUUUUAAAACUUGACUUUGAAUUAUAUAAAAAGAGUAUGCAUUUCCCUUUAAUUCUAUACCAGAUACAACAUUUUCUGAUAACAAACAACAAAGCUAUUGAAGCCCAAUCAUAAUAGAGUAGUGAAAUAGUAAUGAGCCAAAUGAAGAAUUCCUUCAAAAUGUGGAAAAAUAA